GAUUUUGAUAGUUAAAAAACCAUUAUUAUGAUUGAGAGUACGAUUGAAAAUUUUAAAAUAUUAAAAUUUUAAAUGUCAAUUUAAGUAUAGCACAAUGUCGCUACAUAAAGGAGCUACAAAUCAAGGCCGUAAAAAGGUCCAGGUAUCAUUUGUUAUUCGAGAUGAAGUGGAGCGUUGUCACAGGUCUGGUGUCAAUGCAUUGCAGUUUGAUCCUACACUUGGCAGGCUUUACUCUGCUGGUCGUGAUUCUAUAAUUCGGAUAUGGCAUACUAGAACAAAUAAAGAUCCCUACAUUUUAUCAAUGGAACACCAUACAGACUGGGUCAAUGAUAUUGUUUUAUGUUGUGGUGGAAGGACAUUGAUCUCUGCAUCUAGUGAUACAACUGUUAAAGUAUGGAAUGCUCAUAAAGGAUUCUGCAUGUCGACAUUAAGAACACACAAAGACUAUGUCAAGGCACUAGCCUACGCAAAAGACAGGGAACAGGUGGCAUCUGCUGGGCUUGAUAGACAAAUAUUUUUAUGGGAUGUAAAUACAUUGACAGCACUGACUGCUUCGAAUAACACAGUUACCACAUCUAGCCUAAGUGGCAACAAAGAUUCUAUAUAUAGCCUGGCUAUGAACCAGUCUGGGUCUGUGAUAGUCUCAGGAUCAACAGAAAAAGUUCUUCGUGUCUGGGAUACUAGAAUGUGCCAAAAGCUUAUGAAGUUGAAAGGUCACACUGACAAUGUCAAAGCCUUAUUGUUAAAUAAAGAUGGAACACAGUGCCUCUCUGGAAGUUCAGAUGGAACCAUCCGCCUUUGGUCAUUGGGUCAGCAGAGAUGUGUGGCCACAUUUAGGGUACACGAUGAAGGAGUGUGGACUUUACAGGCCAAUGAAACAUUCUCUGUGGUGUUCUCUGGUGGUCGAGACAGGAGGGUAUGGGCCACAGACAUUCGACUGCCUGAAAACAGGGAGUUAAUAUGUGAGGAGAAGAGCCCAGUAUUAAAGUUAGAGCUUGUAGAAUCAUCUCCACAACCAAACAUCUGGGUAUCAACUACAGAUUCAACUAUUAAAAAUUGGCCGGUAAAAUUUCCUAACAGUCGUUCUUCAGGUGACUACGAUAAUGACAGAUGGAGGACAACUCCUGCAUUUUCACAACCUACCAGUGUCAUCCGAGGUGACCCAAGUAUACGACAGUAUCAUGUACUUAAUGAUAAACGUCACAUAUUGACCAAGGAUACUGAUGAAAAUGUUGUUUUAUGGGAUGUUCUAACAGCUAGAAAAGUUCAAGAAUUUGGUAAUGUUGAUUUUGAGGAAACUGUGAAAAGGCAUUUCAAAAUGGUGUUUGUUCCAAACUGGUUUUCAGUUGAUUUAAAAACAGGGCUGUUAACGAUCCACUUAGAAGAGACGGACUGUUUUGCUGCGUGGAUGUCCACUAGAGACCUAGGGCUGGAGCUGCCAGCUGAUGCUCCUGAAACAAAAACUAAUAUUGGAACAACUUUGUUACAAGCCUUGUUAGAUUACUGGCCUAAAUGUCAUCCAGAGGAGACUCAAGAUCCAGAGCAAGAAAAACAACCUGUCCCUUGUUUCUCUGUCCCUGGACACACACCAGUGAUAUUUAGUGAGGUAGGAGGGAGAACACUGUUCAGACUUCUGGCUCGUGAUGCAGGAGGGGAAACAGAACAGAUGCUGUUGAAGGAAACAGUGCCAUCUUGGGUUCUUGACGUCAUUGUUUUUAAAGAAAUGCCGAAGUUUAACAAGCUCCCAUUUUUCCUGCAACCUCAUCCAAGUACAGGGAUUAAACCAGUGAAGAAGGAUAGAUUGUCAGCCAGUGACAUGAUCAAUGUGAGGAAAGUUAUUGAGCAUGUGUAUGAAAAGGUGCUGGGUCAAGGGUCAGAUGCAGGGUCACAGGCAGCCAAUAGCAACAGCCAUGAAAAGGAGGCUGAGAAAGAGGAGGAGCCUGUCUCAUCAGCUGCUGCAGAAGAAAGAGUGGAGCUCUUGUGUAAUGAUAUGGUAUUAGAUCCAAAUAUGGACCUGAGAACUGUUCGUCAUUUUAUUUGGAAACAAACUGGGGAUUUAACUCUUCAUUACAGACCACUUUCAAAGAAGGAUUAUCCAUCCUUUUCUAAGUAUUCAGCUAUGACCUCUGCAGACACUUGAAAUUUUAAUAUGGCUUUUGGUCUGUUAUAGUAAAAUCACUUUGAAAGUGAAGUCAUUCUUUGAAGCUGGUAUCUUCAGAGUGAAGUCAAUGGCUCACUAUUACAUGAUGGAAUAUAGCUCAUUGUUGUGUUGGAAGUUGUACAGGUUUAUUGUUGUACUCUUUAAACCUGCAGUAUCUAGGUUUUAUUCCUUCCCCAUUCAAACUGUCAAAUUCUGACCAAUUUAUAUUGGUCCAAUUAUUUCCACUUAGCUGUACCCCAAUGCAAUUAUUUAGUGUAAACAACCCAUCACAUGGAAUGGGUUGACAGUAUAAUGAACUGUGACACCUUUAAGUGUAGCAUUUAUUUAAUCCUAGAUUGCCCCUUAACUCCGAAAAUACUCCUGCUUAUGGUAAUAGUUAAUUUCCAAACGGGUCAGAAUGUAUUAGUGUAUUUAUUUUACAAAGAACAACAGAUACUUUAAAGGUAAGGAAAAUACAAUGGAUGUUUCAACUCAUGAUCAUUACAAACACAGCAGUGUGAUUUGAAUUAAGUAAUUAAAAAAAGGUUGUUUUUUUUACUUUACAAUUAACUUUUUUACUUGUAUGUUGAGGGAUGAAUUAGAAUGAAAUAUUUUUAUUGUAAUUCUUCUUACUUUGUGAAGUUAAUAAUACUCCUGUUCUUUAAAAUCACUGCAGCAACUUUUUCAUCAAUUCUGCACCCAGUGUAUUUUUAGAAACACCCCCAUUUUUGCAUAUUUCAAUUGUUGAUAAAAAUUUGAAAUGUGUACCAGCUGUUUUUAUCCAGAUUUAUAAAUCAUGUGAUGUGAAUGUUAACAUGUUGUUGACAGCUUUUAUAUUACACAAAGGGCAUUUGAACCAAAUGUCUUCAUCCUUUAAUGUUUAUCAAUGCAUAAGGUAAUAUUAUUCAUGAAAAUAUGAAAUUAUCCAGGAUUGAAUUAAAGUAAAUAAUUUACUUUAUUUUUAAUUUUUAAUUGGCUUUUGUAACAAAAAAAAGAUUUAACUUAUAAUAAAUGAGCUUAUAUAAAUCUUAAGAUCAUUUUACAUGCAAACUGGUUGUGUGAUUAUAUUUUGUUUCCGUUAAUUUAUUGAAGGUUGGAAUCAAUGUUU